AUGAGCAGAAGCUUCUUUCCCAAUAGAAACGGAAAUGCCCUCCCUGUAUCCACCAAAGAAGACGACGAUGCAGCCGCAGCAGGAGGAGGCAUUCGGAGACGUCUAUCAAGUUCCUCUCUGAACAGCAUCCCUGCAGCAGCAGCUAAUUGGUCAUUUCCCAGAUCCAAGUCGCUCCCGUUCUCAUCCGCAGGUGAUUCUAUCAGAAAUUGGUGGCUCUGGAUUUUCGCAUGGAUCCUCUCCAGGAAACCUAUCUUUGCAACAGAUCUUGAAAUGAACGAGCAGGAAACAAAGCACCUGGCAUCCGCCGACAGAGGAAGUUGGAAACAUGUUAUCUACAGGACGCGUUCUGAGAUCAAAAGAAUCACCAAUUCUGAUCACUCUCUUCUUCCUCAAACCUACACGCCAAAUCCGCAAACAAUGAUAUAA